AUGCCUCUCUAUUUUGAACCAUUUUUCGACCUUGACCGUGUAAACGAGGCAUUCAGGACACAUGCAAACGCCUUUAAUUCAUUGAUUGACGGGGCCAGUGGCGCAGCAGGCUUGUCCCCAAGAGUCGACUUUCGGGAAACUCCCACUGGCACCGUCACCGCGACCUUCGAGCUGCCCGGCUUCCCCAAAGAGAGCAUCCACAUCGACGCCUUCCCCGGCCGGCUCCGGAUAUCGGCCGAUCCCGGAUCAGAUAAUCAAUUGCAUCGUCGAUAUGGUCAGUUCUCGAGGACCCUGCAUCUGCCGCUGGGAGUAACCGAAGAUCAAGUCAAAGCCAGCAUGGAAAACGGCGUGCUGAGCGUAACAUAUCCCAAAUCCACCCCACAUAUGCCCCCCAAGAAGAUCGAAAUCGCAUGA